CGCCAAAAAGAGGAAGAGAUCGCUCUCACCUCAACUCACCAAAAUCACCUCAUUACUCCCAAAACCUUCCCCUCAAAGCCCAAAACUCGCCUUCAAUCGAGGGUGUAACUUUUGUUGAUUCGAAAAACACACACUCGCAACUCUCAGGAUAUGUACGGCAACAAUAAUCCGGGUAGUAACAAUAAUAACGGUGGUUAUCCCCCAUAUGGCUACAACAACAAGUCGAGCGGUGGGCGUGGAUUUGGCAUGUCCCAUUCUCUACCAUCUGGAAUGGAUACAGAAUUUUCAUUUCCAAGUUCCUCGUCGCGUCGCGGUUACAAUGAUUUCCCCGGCUGCGGCGGCAUCGGAAAUGGCGGGAGUGCCAACAAUCUUGGCGGCGGCAACAUGUGCCACCUGCCGCCGAUGGCCAGCAACAAUUCGCUAAACAACCUGUGCGGCCUGUCGCUGGGCAGCGGCGGUAGCGAUGAUCUCAUGAACGAUCCGCGGGCAAGCAACACCAACCUGAUUGUCAACUAUCUGCCCCAGGACAUGACCGAUCGCGAACUGUACGCCCUAUUCAGAGCCAUCGGACCCAUCAACACGUGCAGAAUCAUGAGAGACUAUAAGACUGGCUACAGUUUUGGUUAUGCUUUCGUGGACUUCACAUCGGAAAUGGACUCGCAGCGUGCGAUUAAAGUUUUAAAUGGCAUCACUGUGCGCAACAAGCGGCUUAAGGUUUCCUAUGCUCGUCCCGGCGGGGAAUCGAUCAAGGACACCAAUCUGUACGUGACCAAUCUGCCGCGCACCAUAACCGAUGAUCAGCUGGACACGAUCUUUGGCAAAUACGGUUCCAUUGUGCAGAAGAAUAUCUUGCGUGACAAGCUCACUGGUCGUCCACGGGGUGUAGCCUUUGUUCGGUACAACAAGCGCGAGGAGGCCCAGGAGGCCAUAUCGGCCCUGAACAACGUCAUACCCGAGGGCGGAUCGCAGCCGCUGUCCGUCCGGUUGGCCGAGGAGCAUGGCAAGGCGAAGGCGGCACACUUUAUGUCGCAGAUGGGCGUGGCUGCGCCAAAUGUCCCACCACCGCCGCCACCACCGCCGCCGCAUAUGGCCGCCGGAUUCAACAGUAUGGUGCACAGAGACGGAGCUAUGGAAAAAUUACGCUCAUUAUUCGAUGCUAUAUGCGAUGCUAUCUUUGGUCUCGAUAGCGAUAAUUUUGCCGAUUUGCUUGACGGACUGUACCGCAGGAAGUACCAUUAUCCUUACUUAUAAUUGACACCGCAACAGCAGCAGCAACUACAACAACAUCAGCAGCAGGCGUUGGGCUUCACCAGUAACACCAACAAUAGUGUUGGCAAUGGUAAUGGUAACGAGAACAACAUGCUACUCUAUCACCAGCAUUACCAUCAACAACAACAACAACGCCUGGGCAAUGUUGCUGCUCACAGUAUAAGUCCGAAUGGAAGCAAUAAUAACAUAAACAACACAAACACCAAUAGCAUUAACUUAAAUACCAUACGCCAGAAUGGAGUUGCUGCACUUCACUAUCUUCAGGAGCAAUUGCAAUUGCAACAACCGCAAGAGCAACAAUCUCAACAACAGCAGUCAUUGGCGAUGUCACCGCCACCGCCGUUUCAACAACAAUCACGACAGCCACUCCUUAAUGGCAGCAAUGGCAGUCUGGGCAGUCAAUUGCUUGCCAUAGGCAAUAGCUUCAACAAUAAUUCUAAUCACUCCAAUGGUUUUAGUGGAAAUUUCAACGCCGGUAGCGCGUUCACCAACAACAACGGUGCAUGUAACAGCAACAACUUUACCAACAACCCAACUAGCAGUGGAAACUUUAACAACAACACCACAAGCAGUGGCAACUUUAACAACAACAACACAAGCAGUGGAAAUUUCACAAACAACGCGGGUAGCAGCAGCAAUUUCUGCAACAAUCUUUCUGGCAGCAGCAAUUACACCAACAGUAGCAGCAAUUUUAUCAACAAUGCAGCUGGCAGCAGUAAUUACAGCAAGAACUGCAGCAGCAACAUGGUUGGGAACAGCAACACCCAUAGUUCCAACAACCACACCAAUAAUCACCACAGUUCGCCGCAGCACGACUUCAGUUUUAAUAUGUCGACAACUGAGCAAGAACUGCAUCAGCAAACACUCAAGUUGCAACAACUGCACCUUAGCAACAGCUUCAACAACGCCACAGCAGCAUCAACAACAUCAGCGGCAGCAGCAACAUCCACUUUAACAACGGCAACUGCAUCAACCACGAACCCCACAAAUGUCGGAUUCUUAUGGCGUACAUAACCAGAGAGUUGAGAAGCGAAUGAUGAAGGCAAUCUUCAAUAUAGAAAUUAUAUAUAACAAACGUAUAUAUAUAUAACUAUGAAUACCUUAUAUUGAUCAUCGUAGUAUCAGCAUCCAUCGAAACCAUAUACAAAAACCCAAAUUUUUAUGUUCUCAAACCCCAAGAAUUAAUUACCUAUAUUUUUUUUUGUAUGUUCCUCACUCUAACCCUUAUGUUGUAGUUGGUUUUUUUUGUGCUUUUUUUUGGGAGGAAUCUUUUUUUUUCUUUUUGUAACUAGAUAUAAGGCAAAACACGUAUAUGUAUACAAAUCAUAAAUAAUUAUAUAUAUAUAUAUACAUAUAGAAGGCGAUUUUUUUUUGCUUAAACUUAGAGAAAAAACCUAUGAGAAAAAAACAUUUUUUUGUCACAUAUUUAUAACGUAUAAUCAUAAAGAAAUAUAAACAACAAAAUAUAUUAUACAAAAACUCACACAUUAUAUAUCUAUAACUAUAUAGCAUACUUGUAGGCGUGAAGACAUAAGCUCUGAUUGUUUUUUUUUUUCUCUGUGUCUAAAACUGAUUUUUUUGGCGCGAACUAUGCCGCAACAACGUACACGGGCUUCGUGUAUGUUUAUAGCUGAAGUUAAACCAGAUACAAAUAUGAAUAUAUAUUAUUUUUUUUCAUUAUUUAUAAAAUCCAAUUUUUUUGUCUAUUUUAUACGUAACGAAACGGCUGGACAUGCUCAAGUUUUCUGGCUGUUUAUUGAUACAUUUAAAAAGAAAACGAAACACUUAGCUAGAAAUAUGCUUGAGUAAGAAAAGGAGAAAGAGACCCAGACAAAAUUACAAUACAAACCCAAUUUUUUUCAUAGCUGUAAUGAAUAAUGCGUUUUUUUUUUAAAUAAAUAUUAAUACUUUUUUUUGAAAUCCAUUUUUUUUAUUAGUUUAUUUUACGAAAGGACUUGAGCAUGUAGCAGCAAGAAAGACGAAACAAAACAACAUACAAAAACGAGUAAGAAAGAAACGUGAUAAACAGCCCGACAGAACGAAAAUCAGAGGAAACAGAAUAGAAAAGUAAAAGAAAAAGAAAAAAAUAGAAAGGAAAUCGAAAGAAAAGAAAGAAAGCACGUAAAAUCAUAGGAGUGAAUUGGCUUGGUUAUCUAUAUUUUCCAUAUUUUAAAACAAAAUUCACAUUCGUAACAUUUUAACAUUGUAUUUUAUUUUACGUUUUUGUUUUUAUAUAUUCAUUUAACACGAAUUUUGAUAUUCUAAAUCGGCCAGUCACUUCCUCCUGCAGACAACAUUUAUUUUUUCGGUGUAGGUGCACAAAAAUUAAUGGAACAAGAAAACAAUUAUAAAUUCAAAAUAUGCGAAGAACUAUUUUGCUAAAUUCUAUCAAUACUUUUAAUAAAUACUUAUAAACAAAGAACAUUGUAAAACAUUUUAAUUUGUUAAAAAACCACAUUUCUGAAUUUCAAUUUUAUUUUAUUAUAUUAUUUUCCAUGUCUCUGGCUUAAAAAAAAACUUACAAGAAAAUAAGAAACCCAUUAUUUAAGGCAACUAAAUAAACAUUUUCGACACAAACAACAUUA